AUGCCUGUGCGGGCGAACUGGUCGAGUGGAGAGCGUCACAUCGUCUUCGAGUAUAGCAGAACGACGACAGAAAAGCGAGAGAAGAGAAGAGAGAGGACGGAGGGCCGCGCCAAGGCUGCGAACGGACAGCGGCAGCAGACAGUGCAGACGGUUCAGAAUGCAGACAAUACGGGCAGAGUACGACUGGACGUGGACCAGAGGGGCCAGCCGCAGGAGUUCCCAAUGCGAGACAAGAGGAGGCGAUGA